CUGUGGAGCAAAUGACAUCUCUCAACUGUGCGAAAAAGACCGAAUUGUGCUCUUUAUAAGUGUUGUGGGAACGAUACUGACUUGACUCAAGUUUUAAAUGAACUUCACGAGAGCGAUUGUUUCCAAUGCUCGUCUGUUAGAGACCAAGAAGCACAAGCUUUGAGUUCCAGCUAAUUUGUUCAGGGAAGCAGGUGCUCCCCUCUCCCCCUCACCCUAUCCCGUCCUCUCUGCAUGGUCAUGUUCUGCUGUUGCUACCCCUCCAGCACCUCAGCUCUCCUGUUAGUCCUCCUCAGCCUCACCCCCCUGCUAGCCCUGGCUGCCCCUGCACUUCAGCAGAGACUUCCAGUCAGCAGCACCACCAAUGAGGCUCUCCACUUGGCAAAAGAGGACCUGGGGGAAGCAGAAGGAGCUGCUUGGGCACACAGGAAUGUGGACGACCUGCUCCAGAAACCCCUGGGAAGGGAACGUGUCUCAGAUAUGGACUCUGCCAGUGCUCUAGCUUCCGUUCUGCUCGAGGCUCUUGACCACCCAGCCAGAGAAAAGAUGGCCAUUAAAGCGGAUCCUGAAGAGGAACUUCCACUGGAGGCAAUGAGAAAUCAGGAUGAUUAUGAGCAGAACAAAGAAAUGGAGGACGACACGGAGAACUCAGAGAUGGAGGAAAAUGGAGGACGAGAAAAGGCAGAAUUAAAAGAGCAGUGGUCAAAAGAUGAGGGCUACGAAGAGGACGGGGCAACCGCGGCUGGAGAAAAAGACGAGCAUUCGCAGAGCCAGUUGAACAUGGCAUCCCUCCUUCAGCGCAAAACCAGAGGCUAUUUCCAAAACAUUGACCUCGGACUCCAAGACAAUGAGAUUCUGCCUCCUCUAAAAGGCUACAAAGCCUAUAACCAGCAGCUGGCCCAGGCCACAAAGAAGCUUAAGUGGCAAGAGGAGAGAACUAGGAACCCAUCGCAGCUAGAAAGAAACUUCAUGGAUGAUUUUGACUUUGUUGAGGAAGAGGAGGAGAUUAUAACCCGGAAGGAUGAGGAGGCACGAGCACAGGCAGAGCAGGAGGAGGUGAGGCGGCAGGAGGCAGAGGCACAGGAGGCACGCGAGGAGGAGCAGAGGUUGGCCGACAUCGCCUCCGACAUGCUUCUGGAGUACAUGGGAAGAAAGCAGAAAGCAUCAUCUUACAUGAAGGAGGCAGCUCUUCUAAGCAACGUCGCUGAGGACAAGCGCUCUAAUGAGGUGGAGGACAGUGAUGACGAUGAUGAAAUGGAUCCUCAGACAAUUGACAAGCUGAUUGAGAUUUCCAGCAAGCUCCACCUGCCAGCCGAUGAUGUGGUUGAAAUAAUCAGCGACGUUCAGGAGAAGAAGAAAAAAAGGAAGGAUUUACUCAUCCCCAAUAACGCCCCUCGUUUCCGCCCUCUGGUUCCUCUGAAAGCCAAGCCGAGGCCUCAGGCAUAUCAAUAUCCUAAGUCACCUAAGAAAUCCUCUCAUGCGGUCAAUCCGUAUAAGAAAUGGUACAAGGAGAAAAACAAAGCCAAGCUCAGCAAGCAGGACUAUUGGUUUAAACCCCAAAAGCAGUUUCUGGCCUAUCCCUCGUUCCCUUAUUACCAAAAGCCAUAUCGAGCAUAUUACCCAGUCUACUUUCCUCCCCCUAAGCCCCGGUUCUAUACAAAUCCUGCUCUCCCCUUUGACUACAACUUUGGGGGCUCCAUGGGCUAUGCCCUCAAAGCUCCGAACCGCAGGUACAGAGACAGGGCAAAGGCAAGGGAUUGGAAAUGGUCCCAAGCCCCUCAACGUGCCCAGAGCCCCUACCCACAACCGGACUCUGUCAUAUCUAAUUACAUCCUGCCCCAUCCUCGAACUUACCAAGCCCUCCCCAUGCCCAAACCUCGUUCUCCUCCCAGCGGGAGAGCCCCCCCUUACUUGUACCCACCAGACUAUGUGUACGAUGAGCCUGAGUCUCCACAGGACAGUGACGAGGAACUGGAGAACUUCAUCGAGAAGAUUUAUUACAACCGUAGAUUAUAUUAGUCAGUCGGAGUUCAGGAUAUUCUCAAGCGAUGAUACUUUGAAAGCGAUGAAAGAGUGAGGAGAAUUCUGGGUAAAAACUGAAACAGAGCGUUUUGAGCGACAGGGCUGUUUAAAGACAGUUAGGUGUUUCUUCUCCACUCUUGUUUUUUGAUACAUUCCAAAUCAGGAACGGAAGAGACGGUGCUGUUAUAUCAGACCCUCUCUGCGUGCACUCAUUUGGUUUCUCUCGCAGUUUACAUUUUAAUUUGGUGAGAGAAUACACAGGUGAAUUUGUAAGGUUUCAUUCAGGUAUGUUUUUGAUGCUCUUGCAUGUUAAAAAAGAAAUCUAAAAAACUAAAUGAAAUAGUAAAACAUACAAACAAACAGACAAAAAGGUGCCAAUUGCAAGAGUUUACACAAAGAUUUAUUUUCUUUAGGAAACACUUGAUUAACUGAAGCGCAAAGCUCGGAUUCUUGAUACUGCAGGGCACAGUAAUAAUUGUUACAAAAACAAGUAACAGUCAAAUUAUUACAGGCUUUUUCUUGAGGGUCUGUUGGAAUGUUUUGAUCAAUGUUCCUAUUGCCUUAAUACUGAUCACUGUUUUAGCUCAUCCAUGUGCAUGCAGGUCUUGCACCACUAAAAAUGAUUCACGCACGCUGUAAACAAUGCUUGAAACUGAAUCUUCCAUUUUAUUCACAGAAAUGCAAAAUGGUGAAAAUCUUCUUUAGGUCGGUGCCCUGUCAAUCUGCUUGGUGGAAUUCUAUACCUGUACACAUGUGAUUCAAUGUAAACUUGACAUCCUGCCAAAAUGUACGAUUUUAAAAAUGCCCGUUGCUGGUGAUUACCUACAACGUUCAACCACUGAGUAUGGGAUGUUUGUCUCGAGAGCUGACAGAACGCUGUAUAAUAAUGUUCGUUCUUAAAAACAAGUUUUAAAAUGUCCGAGGUUCGUGAGGAAUAAGCGGAGGGGGAACAGUUUGCACGUCUAUCUGUAUUUGCAUCUUAAAAAAAAAAAAAAAGUCUGACAAAUUUGGGGAAAAUCGCCUCUUUAAACAAACUGUGAUUAUUAAAAAAAAAGAAAAAAAGAAUGAACUCAAAAUUACUAUAGCAAGUGUUUUCAUCAGUUAAACCGUCUUGUGAAAGGAAUUUGUUGUUGUCAACUUCCAGAUUGUAAGUUGUACAGUGUCAAAUAAACAAUUGUGUGUGCGAUGUGUAAAUAACAGCAUGUCGAUUACUAGUUUUGCUAUAUGCUGAAAAUAAAAGCAAUUAUUUUAUUAAAGUCAGUUUUU